CACAUUUCAGGUUUUUUUUUUCUAAAUUGGAAUGCUAAGAGUAUUUGAAACAGCCGAUGAAUUGAAGGAAGCUGAACAGUUAACAAAUGAUUCGAUCUUUCUCCUACCAAUACAUUAUUCCAUACGACAUGAACGUUUAGGUAUUUUUCCGGAAGCAAAAUGUACAAUAUUUGGAUAUCCGGAAAAGACACCGUUCAUAUGGAUGGUAAUACGGCGCAAUAAGUUUACAAGAGCACAUGUGUUUAUAUGCAGUCGUAUACAACGUUUUAUUGAUGUUGACGAUAUCGAUGCAUUCUUAAUACAUGCAAUUCCAUAUCUUCUCAAAUUAGAUCAAUUUGCUGCACGUAUACUUGGCAUACAUUUAAGCAGUCGAAUGACUGAACUGCUUUCAACUCAUUUUGAUUUCUCAGCUCCAAGUUAUCUGUCCAAUUAUUUCAUCAUAGACAAACAUAAACAACGACAAAUUAUCAAUAUGGAUAUUAAACUUGCUGAGGGUUAUUCAUUUUUGGAACUCGAUCCGAAGCGUCAUGCUGAUACGAUAGCAAGUUGUUGGAAAUUUUCAACACAUGGUGAUCGUGAUCAGUUUGAGGCAAAGAUUCGUCGCUUACCAUCAGUUGGUGUUCAAAGUCAUGAUGGAACCUUAGCAUCAUUCACCGUUCUGGAUGCUUCCGGAUUCUUCAAUAAUCAAUUCACAUUUGUAGAGCAUCGUCAGCGCGGAUUAGCUGAUCGAAGUGAGCUGAAAUUAUGCCAGAAAGUAAUAUCAUUUGGAUUACAUCCAAUGAAAUUUGUAGAGCAUGAAAAUACGGCAGUUCUUGAUCGUUCUUGUCGAUCACAAUGGUGGAGUACUGUAAAUGAUGAAGCUGGUAUUCCAGUCAUUAACGAUCAUCGUGUCGUCUAUCGACGAAUACCAUCACAUUUGUAA